CAGCACCGUGAUAAUUACGCCAUUCCCACGGGUAUGAGACGACUCCCACUUGGCCGCUGGCUGUCUGUUCGUACAUCUUUUAGCCCUUUUUUCUCUGGUUCUUCAAUACAUUCUUCACACAUCUUAACUCCCAGACCUGUUGACUUCUUCCCCAAAUCCUAUCCCAGUCGCGUCUUCUCCUCGACAGUGACUUGUUCAACCUCCAUCAUGGCAGACUACCUCUAUAUUGCGGAAACGCCCAAAGACGUCAAAGAAGCCAAGGGUCUACAUUUGAUCACCCAGAGUACUCCCAAUGGACAGGCCACUCAAAUCCUGCUAGAAGAACUCGCAGAUACCUAUGGCACGAAAUGGACUACCACCCUCAUCAACAUUUCUACCAACGAACAAAAGAAGGAGUGGUUCUUGCGCCUCAAUCCCAAUGGCCGGAUUCCCGUCCUGGUAGACAACAAUCAGUCGCCUCCUUUCCCUGUGAUCGAGACUUCUGCUCAGUUGUUGUACCUGCUCAAGGUGUACGACAAGGAAGACAAGUUUGGAUUCAAAGACGAAUUUGAACGAAGCCAGGCUCUUCAAUGGCUUUUCUUCUGGCACGGCGGCGGAGCUCCUUAUCAAGGCCAAGUCAACCAUUUCAGCCGAGCUGCCCCCGAGAAGAUUCCUUAUGCCAUUACACGUUUCAAGAAUGAAACCUUGAGAGUCUACGGUGUAUUGGAAAUUCAAUUGUCGGGCAUCUACACCGGCGGAACACCUCGCGAUUAUCUUGCUGGCGCCGGCAAGGGCAAGUACAGCAUUGCCGAUAUUAAAGCCUGGACCUGGGUCAAAAAUUGGGCCAAAUCCGGCUUUACUGAGGAAGAGGUCAAACCCUUCCCCCAUCUACUCAAGUGGAUCGAUCGCAUCGCCGAACGGCCUGCUGUGCAGCGAGGCAUUGGCGAAAAGUAUAAUCAGUAAGUCUAAGAUUGUCCAGUCGAGGUCGUCGAUGUGGAAGAGGGAUUCUGGUGGGUGGCUACGCAGGCGAGCGUUUGACAAUGUCGUCUAAAUGAAAGACGACUUUAACCUUAACUGAGAGGUUGUACAAUAUACGGCACGCGUGGCACCAGGAAAGGAACAUAUCCGGCUCUCCUUUCACGCAAGAUCAGUCGACUGACCUCCGGUGGAAGUGUGUACUACCUGAAGUGGAAGAAGUGAAGAAAAUUACAUAGAGCCUUCCGGCAGUUCUUGAUUCAACAAACAACUGCGCC